UUUGCCAAUCAUGCACGUUUCUUUCAAACUCUCAAUAACUCGUAAGUGACUCUAGUUUCGUGCAGACAUCGGAGACAUAAGGACGUCCAGGGUACUUAUUCAAUAACUACAUAAGCUUAUCUCAGUUUUGUUUGUGCUUGGAAGCCAGAGCUGAUUGUGCAGUUUUGGUAAAGAAACCAGAUGUGCGCGAUUGGCAGCAUCCAUGAGUGUCUCCUUUGACAACGUUUCUCGCUCUUGGAGUGAAGAGCCCCAUAAGGAUGGGCGGAUGGGAGGAAACCCUCAGACAGACCUAUAGAUAGGCAGACAGACAGGAAGUCCACCUGCAGUUCAGAAGGAGACUGUUCCGUAACCAGGUCAUGAUGAGGAGGGUCCACGUCAAGGGGGAUGUGCUAUGCACCUUGCUGCUGCUGGUGGUGCUUUGUGUGCUGCUCUAUGCCCACCAGGGCCUCAGCCCCUCCUGGGAGUGGAGCCUCCAGCUGUCCUCCCCCAGCUCCAGAGCCCUGCUGGGAGCACCGUCGGACCCUCAGGGGGGCAGACUGCCCCCCUCCAAACCCUCAGACGCCCUCCCGCGCUGCCAGCCUGACGCCCAGUCCAGAAACAAGCCCCAGGCCGUGUCCAAGCCCAAACAGGCCAAACCCAAAGUCCAGUCCAAGGCUAAGUCUCAGGGGAAGUCGAAGGGCAAAAAGGGGGCGCCAACCAAGCCUCCGGCUGCUGCUUUGCCCACCAGGCCUCCCUUUGACUUCCAGGCCUACCUGAGAGAGAAAGACCACAGGAACUUCCAGCUCCUAGUCGACCAGCCGGAGAAGUGCUCCAUCCAGGGAAGCAGCGCCCCCGACCUGCUCAUUGCCGUCAAGUCCGUGGCAGUCGACUUCGACAAGCGGCAGGUGGUGCGUCGUACGUGGGGUCAGGAGGGGGUUCUGGGGGACGGGGUGACCGUCCGGACUGUGUUCCUCCUGGGCGUCCCCAGCAACCAGAGUGCCCUGCCUCUCUGGGACCGGCUGCUGGCCUACGAGAGCCAAACCUUCAGAGACAUCCUGCUGUGGGACUUCCAGGACACCUUCUUCAACCUCACCCUCAAGGAGACCCACUUCCUGCAGUGGGUCAACACUUCCUGUCCCGGCGUGCGCUUCAUCUUCAAAGGCGACGCGGACGUGUACGUCAACGUGGAGAACAUCCUGGAGAUGCUGAAAGGUCAGAGGUCGGACACCGACCUGUUUGUCGGCGACAUCAUAUUCAACGCCCGGCCGAUACGCCGGCGAAGCAGCAAGUACUUCGUGCCGGAGUUCAUGUACGGAGGAUCGAUGUACCCGUCCUACGCUGGGGGCGGGGGCUUUGUCAUGUCUGGCUUCACGGCCUGCCGCCUCUCCUCCGCCUGCCAGCAAGUGGAGCUGUUCCCCAUCGACGACGUGUUCCUGGGCAUGUGCCUGCAGAGGAUCGGCCUCAAGCCCACGCGCCACGAGGGCUUCCGGACCUUCGGGAUUGUGCGGCCCUCCGCCGCGCCCCACCUGCAGGUGUUCGACCCCUGCUUCUACCGGGAGCUGAUGGUGGUGCACAGCCUGACGGUGCCGCAGAUCUGGCUGAUGUGGAGCCUCCUCCACGACCCGAAACUCACCUGCCACUCGCGCCUGGCCCCUACACCCUGGCCCUUCCAGUGGAGGAGGAAGGGUUCACCCACGGCUGGGGGCUCCCGGAAGCCGGAGGACCACGAGGAGCAGGAUUAUGGGGUACGAGGGGACAACUACAAGGUGUUUGUAAAGCAUUGAGGCCCCGCUGGGGGAGGCUGGCCCGGGAGGUGAGAGGCAGGGAGGAAGGGGGGCGAGGCCCAGGGAGCAAGGGGGGGGGGGCGAGGUCCAGCAAGGGAGAGGAAAAUGAUGGUGUGAAGGUACGCAAUACUGCAAGGGAUUCAAUGCUGUAAAAGACUUUUGGGAUUUCAAAUGGCUUGAGACGGGAGUACUGAAAGGUAACGUUGAGGUGGAAUAUUUGGUACCGUAAACCAGGUACAGCAUGGAAGGGCUUAGUCAUGCUUGAAACUUCAUAGCUGUGGUACAUUCUCAUGCUUCUCACUGAAAAUGUUUAUUGCUUUACUGGUUGCAUAUACUAUACCCAUACACAAACAUGUCCAUUCUAGAAUGUCAGAAGUGACCUCAAACUUUCUACUUUCUUGCCUUGUUAAAUUAACUGUAAUGCUAAGUUUGUUAAAGGAGGUACCCUCCAACAUUUUCCUUGCUUUUCCUAUUAUCUCAAAACUGUGUUUUGUCUCAUGACAGCAAAUCAUAAUGUCUUUUUGUAAUCUUAUUGUCUGUAGUUGUAACUUGGGGGCAGGAAGAUGUUUCCUAACAUUUUCCCAUGUGACAUUUUUUUAUAUAACAUCAAAGUACACAUUGAAUUGGACUUGUUUUUAUAUAAAUGUUGUGACUCUCCUAGCUCCGCAUCUAAUCCACGAGCAGUGUUAACAAUGCUAAUAACAUAAAUAUUUCAAGAACCGUAAAGUGGGUUUUAAAACAGUUGGAAGAAUCGGCAUGAUGAACUCCUGUAGGAGAGCUGUAGGUUUAUGGACAGAAAUUGCCUAAAUGACUUUGUCGUGAGUUUAUUGUUAAGUGUUUUGUAUAUGCCCUUCAAGAAUGUGACAUCAAAAGUUGAUGCUGGACUGUAUUAGAAUGUGCGUGCGAACACAAUUGUCAAGACCGGAAGAAACUAAGAGCCAAUUCCAUAUCUGUACUAUACAUGGAAUGGAACAUAUCCAUGGGUAUGCAGCUUUGAGACUGUCACACGCAUGAAGCAACAUGCCUUCGAUGGAACUCCUUAGUAGAUCCUGUUCUGAAGCCUUGCCUGAAUGCUCAUGAAUGUUGAUGCGAUUCUACUUCACUUUCUCAUCAACGAAAACGACAAUCAACCACCCUAGUAACGAACCAGACCUUAGAAACCUGGCCAUGUAUGGUGUUGUGCUUUCAUUUGAUCUCUACAGUCACUUGGACAAAUCAAUGGACUGUUCUUUGACACGGUUAUCCGUUAUCGCCACGGAGUUCAAGAAGAUAUCCCUAAGCUGUGAGGUCGGUCUUGAGGUCUGAGUCUAGAUCUCGUUUGCUUCAUCAACAAUGCUGUUUCUGUGUGCAGUCGGAUCUGCCAAACCUCUAGCUGUACUAGUCAGAAUGCUGUAUGUAGAAUUAUAAAGAGAUCAGUGUGUAUUAAAUCAUUUUAACCUCCAUGGGGGAACAGGUCCGAUGAGAAAUCAAGGUGUGCAUGUGUUGUCUUCAUAAAGAA